AUGUCUCUGUUCAAAGCAAAACACAUUGAUCGAGAUGAUUUCGAUGCUGAUCACUAUGCGGAUUUUAUGCGCGAUAUUCAUCGUUCUCGUUUGACAGUGGAUCAACUAGAUAUUGCGAAACGACAACAGUGGAAAAAAGAAAAACUUUUAUCUCGUGUUCAUUAUCUGAAAAUGAAAGAACAUACACGUGUCAAGAAUGAUUUCAUACGAAAAGUUGAACAAGAUAUACGUAUUUCAAAUUUACCUAGUGUAAAAGAAACACUAAAAGCUCAACGACGAAAAUGUGUAGUAUCAUCGCCUCCACCAAUUUCAAAUGAUCAAAUACAACAAAUCAAUAUGUCCACAAAACAAGAUGAAAAAUCUCAUCAAUUACGUAAUCAUCGCAAAACAAUGGGAACCGGUGAUUCACCUCGAUUAGAACGAUCAAAAGCCAAUCUGAAUAAAUUCAAUCACAUGAAGUCAUUGGUAGCUUAA